AUGGUGGGUAUAAUUUUGCUUUGCAAUUUUUUGCUAUUUUCCGCGCAAUUCUUAGACCAACAAGCAGUCACAGCGCAAGAAGCACCUCUCAUAGUAACUUCACUUGGUACGAUACGCGGCAGUGUACUGACCACCCGUAAAGGACGAGAUAUCUACGCCUACCGUGGUAUAUAUUAUGCCGAAGCGCCUAUCGGAUCACGACGAUUUGCAGCACCUCAGCCAGUGCAACCAUGGAAUGGCACGCUAGAUGCCUUAGCGGAUGGUCCGAUGUGCCCACAGCAGCUUACAGGAGCGUUAAUGGACGAAGACUGUUUGUCACUGAACGUUUACACCAAGAAUGAGACGGCAUCAAAUCCAGUGAUCGUUUACAUACACGGUGGUGCCAAUAGCUAUGGAAGUGCAAAUAGUGAAUACGACGCUGGGCCGCAGUACUUACUCGAUGAGAAUGUAGUGCUAGUGAGCGUUUUCUUUCGUAUCGGCCCUUUCGGUUUCCUAAGCACAGGCGCCGCAGAGGCGCACGUAAACCAUGGUCAUUUAGAUCAAGUUUUGGCACUCAAGUGGGUGAACGAACAUAUUCAGAACUUUGGUGGGGAUCCAAAAAGGGUCACACUCCUCGGUCAGAGUGCUGGAGGUUUUGCAGUAACUUUGCAUAUGGCAUCGCCGUUAUCGGCAGGUCUCUUCCACGGUGUCAUCGCGAUGAGUGCAAGUUCGACAAGUGAAUAUAAUCUAGACAAUGUAUAUUGGAGCCGAAAACUCGCUCAUGAUCUUGGAUGUCCCAAGUACGAAACUAAAUUUUUACUGAAUUGCUUAAGGCAGAUUAGUUGGGAAGUGAUAGUUAAUGCGACUGUGAGAUGGGAGAACUAUGGAUUGGUAAAUUCUAAGUGGAACUGUGAAAUUGACGGCAAUUUUAUAUUGGAACAUCCUAGCGAGGCAAUAGGUGGAAACAGGUUUAAUCGUGUGCCAAUCAUGACUGGUGUUACUCGAGAUGAAUUCGAUUUCCAUCCACAGGUAUUAGAAGGUAACACCGACCUGCUUGCUGACAUCGAUAAGAACUUUGGACUUUAUGCAAGGGAGUUCCUUGAAUUCAAUAGCACCGGCAACGAUGAUGAGCGAGCGAAGAGCAUACGUCAGUUUUAUUACAAUGACACCAUCAUGGACCCUAAUAAUCUCCUCGGACUCGGCCAAAUCUUUUCGGAUUCUCUUAUCGGGCGUGGCGUGCAUAGGCUGGUACAGUUGGCAAAAGAUCACACGAAUGUCUAUUAUUACCGUUUUGACUACGUUGGUGAAAAGUCACUGUUUCCAGAUGGAGCUGGAAACCCGCAAGGCGUCGGUCAUGGGGAUGAUCUUUUCUAUGUUUUGAAACGCAGAAACUUCGAAGUGAACGAAAAUUCCACAGAUAUUUUUAUGGUCGAACGAAUGGCUAAUUUGUUUGCCUCAUUCGCCGCAAAUGGCUCACCACCAGUUAUAGAGAAUGUUACUUGGCCACCUUUUACUUCAAAUAAUACCGUUGUUAUGUACAUCAACUCGAGUCCAUCUACGGGCAAUCCCUUCUAUGUGGACCGCUAUGCUUUGUGGGAUAAAUUGUUUCCGCUUGCGGAAAGUAGUGCUGCUAUACAGCUUCCUGCUGUAGUGCUGCUGGCAUUUGCCGCUGCAUGGAAUAUUUUAUUUUAAGCAGUUCGUUUUAAGAAAAAGGUGGUGCA